AUGGCCGCUGUCUCACCAGCUCCUACGGGAGCUGCGGCUUUGACACCGCCGGGCAGCAGCCACGGAGAUGGCAAGUGGGAUUUCCCCGGUACGCAGUCAGAGAAGACAACGCUAGACAAUGACGGAUCUCGCCUCGAUGAAUUCUCCCGAAACUCCUCCGCCGCUUCACGUAACGGCAACGCUUUGUCCGCUCCCUCUCCUCAAACGGGCAGCCAUUUCGAAACGCCUGCUCGCAAGAUACAUCCCCCCGAUAAUCUCACCAUGUCUAAAUGGGAUAAAGCUGGAGAGGGAUACGCCGGACUACCAUCCCACGCGAUGGUCACUGAGUCUAGACAAGGCCCAUCGAACACGUCGGGAAAUGAAGUUGCCGGAACGCAGAGUGCGUCGGAAGAGCGCAGACGGCACGAUCAACCAACCUCAGGCCUUGAGUACAGCGAGGCAGAUUCUAAGUGGAUUCAUCGAGAUAAACUAGCUAAAAUCGAAAAUGAAGAGUUGCAAGCCGCGGGCUUCUUCGUACCCCGAGUCCGAACCUCAAGCAAACAAAGACGGCCCCGUGGUCAGAACUCGGUCGAUAUCGAUAAUCAGCAUCAAAACCGACAGCGCCAUGAUUCUGCCGUCAUGGACCAGGUGGGCGAGGAAGAAUCAGCUACACCUCACUGGGAUUUGCGAACGCCAGCAGAGAUUGCUGAAGAGGAGGCAAAUGCCUACUUUUCCUCGCAGGGGCAGAAGGGAGGCACCAAAAUUCCGGUGGCCAAGGCCAGCCCAGCUCCCAUCCCGCAAGAUUAUCUGGACCGCGGUUCUCCCUCGGUUCGACGCAUCGAGCCGAUGGAUGGCGACACCAUCGCCUACACGAAAACGCGAUCGCGAAGUGCCAGUGCCACUACCAAGGACUUUGAAAUGGCCCACAACGGCAAUCGGCCUGCGGCCGCUGCAAAGCGGUCCGUCACGGAAGGCUCCCCAAAGAAGACCACGGUACGAAAGGCUUCGACAGGAUCCAAGACCAGCACAACCCCCAGCAGACCGAAGACCAGAUCUGGUCCGAUCAGGGACGCCAGUGGAACUCGGCCCUCGACACGAUCCGGGGAAGUGUCUGCUAGCAAACAGCCUGAAGGCGACCCGCCCUGGGUGUUCGACUCGUACAAGCCAGACCCGCGACUACCUCCGGACCAGCAACUGAUACCUACAGUAGCCAAGCGCCUGCAGCAAGAAAGGUGGGAAAAGGAGGGGAAAUUUGGCGACGCCUACGACAAAGAAUUCCGCCCUCUAAACGAUCAUGAAUUCCCGAGACCACAAGAGAAGGAGUUUGUCCUUGCCGAACAGGAGGAUCCGACACAAGCAGUCGACUGGCCAUUGAAACCGAGCAUUACCAAGAGUCCAAAGCAGGGCUCGUACUCAACAAUGCCCAAGAUAUCGGACAAGCCGCUGGUCAGCAUGACAGCGAAUUCCAAACCACCCGGAUCGCAGCCCAUCUCUCAGCCACAACAUACCGAGCCGACAUUACAAGCAAAGGAAGAAGCCGAGAAGAAGAAGGCUCGCUGCGGAUGCUGCGUGAUCAUGUAG